AGGGUCUGGACCGGGCGGGGGGAGGCGCCGGCCGAGCCACCCCGCUCUCCGGGCGGCCUGAGCGCCGGGCUGCCAGCCCCUGGGGUCCUUCGUCCCGCAGCGUCCCGUCUGUCUGCCUAUCCUAGUGCCGCCCUACACCAUCGUCUACUUCCCGACCCGAGCUCAUCUUCUCAGCGGGCUCAGAAUCUAGUCUGUGUCCUGUCUCCGCAUCCAGCUCCCAUCCACUCCUGACUUCCCCAGGGGGCUGCUGCGAGGCUGGGGUCUCUGCCCACCCCCACUGCCCCGUCCUCCCCUCCCCCAGGGCGCUGCGAGGCCCUGCGCAUGCUGCUGGCCGACCAGGGCCAGAGCUGGAAGGAGGAGGUGGUCACCAAGGAGAGCUGGCUGCAGGGUCCACUCAAGGCCUCCUGCCUGUACGGGCAGCUCCCCAAGUUCCAGGACGGAGACCUCACCCUGUACCAGUCCAAUGCCAUCCUGAGACACCUGGGCCGCACCUUUGGGCUCUACGGCGCAGACGAGCGGGAGGCGGCGCUGGUGGACAUGGUGAACGAUGGCCUGGAGGACCUUCGCAGGUGCUGCGGCCACCUCAUCCACCACAAGCGUGAGGCGGACAAAGCCCGAUAUGUUCAGGAGCUGCCGGCGCACCUGAAGCCUUUUGAGACCCUGCUGUCCCAGAAUCAGGGGGGCCAGGCCUUCAUCGUGGGCGACCAGAUCUCCUUCGCCGACUACAACCUGCUGGACCUGCUGCUCAAUCAUCAGGUGCUGGUCCCCGGCUGCCUGGACCCCUUCCCCCUGCUCUCGGCCUAUGUGGCCCGCCUCAGCGCCCGGCCCAAGCUCAAGGCCUUCCUGGCCUCCCCGGAGCAUGUGAACCGGCCCAUCUUUGGAAGCCGCAAAAUAUGAGCCCAGCCUCCCCCGGGAGAGGGACUGCCCUUGAGACGAAUAAACACAGUGAGAGGGAA